AUGUCACACACAGCCGCGCUCCAUGGCAGCGCAAAGGAGGAUGUCCUCAACGCCCUGCAUAAUCAAUUCACUGUCGAUGAUCAAACUCUCUUCAAGAUCACUCAAACAUUUUUUAGUGAGAUUUCUGAUGGUCUCUCCAGUUAUGAUAGUCCGACCUUUGUCAAGGGCGUUCCAGACGGCUCCGAAACAGGAACAUUCCUUGCCCUCGAUCUUGGUGGAACGAAUCUUCGUGUUUGCGAAGUCACUUUACUUGGCGAUCAGACCUUCUCCAUCCGACAGCAAAAAUACAAAGUCUCGGAGACGCUCAAGACUGGCGAAGUGACAACUCUUUUCGACUAUCUUGCCGACUCCGUGGACGCUUUCCUCACGGACGCCUCCUCCGAAAGCUACGACUCUCACACAUCUCACGUCAACGAGGAGGACGCUCCAUAUGUUUCCCUUGCCCUCACGUUUUCCUUCCCCGUGGAGCAAUCUGCCCUCGAUUCCGGCGUUCUUCUCACAUGGACUAAAGGUUUCUCUGCAAAGAACGCCAUAGGAAAGGAUGUCGUAAAGCUUCUUCAAGACGCGUUUGACCGGAAACAUAUCCAUGUCAAGUGUGUAGCUCUCGUCAACGACACCGUUGGAGCUCUUCUGUCGCGAGCUUAUACGUCUGGAGGAUGUAUCCUCGGUGCUAUUUUUGGAACAGGAACUAAUGGGGCCUAUGUCGAAGAGGUCUCCAAGAUCACAAAACUGGGGGACAGCCCUGCAGUCGCUGCAGGUGGUGAAAUGAUUGUGAAUACCGAGUGGGGCGCUUUCAACAACUCUCGAUCUGCCUUGCCAACCACGCCAUAUGACAACAAGCUGGACCGUGAAUCCAUUAACCCAGGUUUCCAGGCAUUCGAGAAGUUCAUUUCUGGAAUGUAUCUGGGGGAAAUCGCCCGAAAUGUAAUUCUUAGUUUGAUCGACGCCGCUCCGAAGCCCCUCCUCUUCGGAGGUCAGUCCUCGGCUUUAUUGAAUAAGCAAUGGGGACUGGACACUGCAGUUCUCAGUGAGAUCGAAGAGGCAUGGGAGGCGACAGUCCAGGGUUCCAUAAAAGCUCAAGAGGAAAAGCUGCGGCGGAUACAAGGAAUACUGGCACAGCGGCUAGAGCUGUCCCCACAGCAUGUAUCCCUCGCGGAUGCGGACAUUGUCAGGCAAGUAUGCACUCUAAUAGCAUCGAGGGCCGCACGCAUGAGUGGAACGGCCGUAGCAGCUAUACUGGUCCAUACUGGACCGGGGAUCAAAGUUCCUGCGGGAUUGAAGGAUGAAGGCAAAAGGAUCGGUGUUGGGGUAGAUGGAAGCUUGGUCGAAUUCUACCCUAACUUCCAAGCGAAGCUACGAGCAUCACUACGUACGCUCGUUGGCCCUGAAGUGGAGAGCCAUGUCGACAUUGGCAUGGCUAAGGACGGGAGCGGUGCUGGUGCCGCCCUCUGUGCGCUCGUUGCGCAGAGACAGAGUCAAGCUAGCCACACAAACGGCACAUAUGCGCACGACCCCGAACACAUCAAGGUUACAGCGCGCACGGAAGUCGCGUACCUUUCAUCCUUGUCGCGAUGA